AUGCACACUGCUUCUACAAACAUUUGUUAAAGAAUGGGCCACUCUCAGGAGCUCAGUGAAUUCAAGCUUGGUACCGUGAUAGGUUGCCACCUGUGCAAUAAGUCCAUCUGUGAAAUGUCCUUGCUACUAAAUAUUCCACGGUCAACUGUUAGUGGUAUUAUACCAAAGUGGAAGCAACUGUGAACAACAGCAACUCAGCCACCAAGUGAGCGAGGUCAGCGCAUGGUGAAGCACACAGUGUGCAGAAGUCGCCAACUGUCUGCAGCGUCAAUAGCUAAAGACCUCUAAACUUCUUGUGGCCUUCAGGUUAGUACAACACCAGUGCGUAGAGAGUUUCAUGGAAUGGGUUUCCAUGGC